CAACCUCCCAAGCGCGAUUCGAUAAUCUUCGCAACAAUGCCUCGAACAUUACCAUGGCUCGUACCAAAAAGCGAACAUCCGGAUCCUGCCCCGCGUCGCCAGCCCGUAAAGCGAGAAAAGACUACCACCACGCCGAAACGCGAAGAUAAGAGCUUAAAGCGGAACUUCUUGCGAUCAUCCCCAAGUCCCCCCUCUUCGCCUGUUCAUCACUGUCCCUCAGAAGAAUACCUAAUUGAAGGCCUCCCCAACGACGACAUCUACAUGAUGGUCGAAGACGAGCUCCACUCCAUCGCGCAAGACUUUACCCGCCACCUGCACCACCAGGAGUACAUCAAACAGCGAAAGGAAGUUAAGCUCCGGAACCAGGCUGCUAUUGGGGAUCUUGCGCGUGCGACUGCGCCAUCUCUGCUUGGUGAGAAGGGAUUAGCGGCUGCUGGCUUGAGUGGAGAUGGGCUGGGUAAGGAGAAGGAUAAGGGUAAGCGCGUGAGGGGGGUCGAGUUGGAUGAGGAUGAUGAAGGGGAUGAUUGCUUUGUGGGGACGUCGCUGCAUGGGCUGAUGAUGAGUCCGAGGAGGGGCCCGUCGCUUGUUGGUGCGCGCGGCGUGAGGUCGUUUACGAGGGCUGCGGCGGGGUUUUCGCAGGCUUCUGGGGGAGCGGUGACGACUCGUGGGGCGGAUGAUGGCGGUCCGGUGUCGUCGCCACUGCGGAGGGGGGUGGUUGGUCAAGGGGGGGAGGAGACUGCCUCGGAAGGUGAUGACGAUGAUGACGAUGAUCUUGAUGUCCAGCCCGAUUCGCCGACUAGAUUGCGCCGUCCAGUCCGCCCUGUGAAACUGGAUCCUAGCAUGGAUUCCAGCCCACCGAGGGUCUCUCUGACGCCUCGUCCGCGGGAUACGGCGAGGGAUGGGUCUACUACGUCAAGGGGGAGUGAGCCUACCAAGCCAAGAGUGGGUAAAGCUACGACACGAACACGAACCAAAACCCAAAACCCAAAGAGAAAAUCAAUCUUCGAUGAUUUCGAUGAGCUGCCAGAGCUAUCCGAACCAGACCACACGCCAUCCCCAUCUAUCGAGACAGCACAACGACAUAUCCAUCAACGCGACACAGAGAAAAAACAGUCACGACUCAACGAGGUUCCCACAUUCCUGCUCUGAUUCCGCCGAACCCAAACAAAACAAAACAAAGGAAAUAACAAAAAGAAAUCAGAAAUCAGGUACAUCAUAUCCGCUAGGACAAAUCUAUUGAUGCGGGCCAUCGUCAUGAUCAGGCAGCUGGUGGGCGACACGGACGCUCAGC